AUGCGGACAUUUUUAGUUAUAAAAUAUUUUGUUUACGAAAAAUACGGUGUCACACGAAUUAUGUACCUUAUGACAUAUUACACUCUCCAUCUAGGAAAAUCAUCAUAUGACUGUGACAUCUGCAAAGAGUCAUUCUUAGAAAAAAGUAAAUUCAAUCAACACAAACAAUUUCAUGCAGGGGAACAACCAUAUCCCUGUGAUAUUUGUGGUAAACCAUUCCCUCGAAGUGAUAGCUUAACCAGACACAAGCGUAUUCAUACAUGUGAGAAACCAUAUCACUGUGAUAUCUGUGGUAAAUCAUUCUAUCACAGUGGUAACUUAACUGCUCACAAACGGGUUCAUACAGGAGAGAAGCCAUAUUCCUGUGAUAUCUGUGGUAAAUCAUUCUCUGUUAACAGUAGCUUAACUAUACAUAAACGUACUCAUACAGGGGACAAACCCUAUCACUGUGAUAUCUGUGGUAAAUCAUUCUCUGUUCACAGUAGCUUAUUGAAUCACAAAUGGGUUCAUGGAGGGGAGAAACCAUAUCACUGUGAUAUCUGUGGUAAAUCAUUCUAUCAAAGCAAUAACUUAACUACUCACAAAAGGGUUCAUACAGGAGAGAAGCCAUAUUCCUGUGAUAUCUGUGGUAAAUCACUCUCUCCAUAUCAAUGUGAUAUCUGUGGUAAAUCAUUCUCUCAAAGCAGCAGCUUAACCAAUCACAAACGUGUUCAUACAAGGGAGAAACCAUAUUCUUGUGAUAUCUGUGGUAAAUCAUUCUCUCAAAGCAGCAGCUUAACCAAUCACAUACGUAUCCAUACAGGAGAGAGUCCGUAUUCUUGUGUUAUCUGUGGAAGAUCAUUCUCUGAAAGCAGCAGCUUAGCUAAACACAAGCGUGUUCAUACAGGGGCGGAGCGAUAACCUUGUAAUAUCUGUGGUAAAUCAUUCUCUCAGAACAGUGACUUAACUCAACACAAACGUAUUCAUACAGGCGAGAAACCAUACCCCUGUGAUAUCUGUGGUAAAUCUUUCUCUCAACACAGUGCCUUAACUCAACACAAACGUAUCCAUACAGGGUAGAAAACAUACUCCUGUGAUAUCUGUGGUAAGACAUUCUCUGCAAACAGUCACUUGACUAUACACAAAUGCAUUCACACUCUAGAAAAAUCAAUUCACAGUGAUAUCUGUGGCAAAUCAUUUACACAAAAUCAUUUCUGAUUUAAACAGAAGUCUUUCCUUAUGAAGUGGGUCCAUAACACAGUGAUAUUUGUUGUAUAAUAUUUCCUCAGAAGGACAAAGGACGUAUCUUAUAAAGACAUCCACAGAAUAUAGAAACUAUAUGAAUGCGACAUCUAUGGUAAAUCUUUGACAUGAAAUCAUCCAUUAUUGAAUCAAAAGAGCAUUGACAGAGGAAGGAAAACCUAUCACUGUGAUGUUAAACCUGAAUCAUUCUUUCAAAAUGGUGAAUUGUUUGUACACAGUCCUAUUAAUAUGAAAGAUAUAACUGUAACCUAAGCUAUUUGUGCUAAAUCAAUCUAUGAAAAUGGAUCAAUUAUUGAAAUGUAAAUGCAUUCAUACAGAAGAGGAACCACGAUGAUGAUGAUGAUCCUCAUCAUUUAAAAUUCUCCUAUUCAUGCUUCUGUGGAUCAGAUGGAAUUCAUUGAUGGAGAUUUUCUACAUCUGGGUACCUUUCUUGUGACCAAUACUCACCUGUUUCCAAGCAAGGAAAUAUUUUCCCUGGUGAGGCAUAUAUUACACAGAGGACUGGAAAUGAACAACUGCACAAGUAUGACGGUCACGAUGGCCCUUUACGAACAUCACAUAAUAUCUGGACAAGGGCAAAUACACAGACACAUACACACACACUCACAUAAACUAUUGUAUGUCUGAAGAAUUUCUCAUGGGAAAUAUAUGUUACAUGUUUUCUACACAUCUAAAAGUUUAUAAUUACUAUUAGGAAAUGAAACACAUGUAAUGCUGAAUAAAUAAUAUCAAACUUUU